AUGAACUCUCUUCUUCGAAGAAUGGACGAACUGGAACAGUUGCAAACAAAUGGCGGUAACUUUCUGGAGCAUCUCUGCCGACAGUAUGCGGAGCACCUUCAGAAAAGUUCUAAAACUUCCGCAAAAAAUGGACAGAAGUUCCUCAGACAGAUGAUGGCACAUGACAACAUGACAAAGUGCUGUAGAAAGAACAAGUUCAUCCCCGUUCAACAAGAGCCAAGCCUGCUCAAUAACUCUCUCUCUCGCUUCGAAUGCUUCAUGAUCCGAUUGUUCGUAUUAGCAAAUUGCGGCAACGUUCUGGAGCAUAUCUGCCGACAGAUGACACUGAAGGAAGUAAUCCACGUGGUCAGAAAAGAACGAGAAGAAGCAAAGUCAGCUCAAAACCACCUGACUCAAGAGCUUCACAAAGAAAAAACUCGCGUUGAGAAUCUCAAGAAUGAAUUGGAGAAUCUGAAAAGAUCGAAAAAGGAACAUGAGGAACAAUGUCAAAUGAUUGAGAGUCAGCUCAAGCGUGGAUAA